AUGUAUGUGAAAAUAGAUCUGUUUGAGCAAAAUAAUUACUCUACCUUGUGGUUCUUUGACAGUGGGGGUUGUGCGGUGUAUUUGGUGGAAAAUUCUGGUGGGUCACUUCAUAAGGAUUCCAUAAGAGCCAUUCGGUACAGAGCAAGUGGGAAGCUUUUUGUGUCUGCUGGUGAUGAUAAACUUGUCAAGAUAUGGUCAACUGAAUCUUGGCGCUGCAUUAGUACCAUCUGCUCAGAGAAAAGAGUGACUUCAGUUGCCAUAAGCAACGAUGGUUCCUAUGUUUGUUUUGCUGACAAAUUUGGGGUUGUGGAUGUGGAUGUAGAGGGCUUUGACGGAAACCAAGUGUUUGCUGACAAAAAGGCAGCACCUAUGCUUUCUCACUAUUGUAGCAUCAUCACAAGCCUGGUUAAUGUGUUUCCCAAGAAGCCUUUAGAUGGAGCCCAUGAGAUACAAAGUUUUGCCCUUGGUCAUACAGAAUUUGUUUCUUGCCUUGCCUUUGUUUGCACUCAGGAGUUCCCCCAGGGUUUUCUUGUCUCUGGAAGUGGUGAUUCAACUGUUCGCCUAUGGGAUAUUUCCUCAGGAUCUCUUUUAGAUACUUGUGAUAUUAGAGAAAAGGCAGGACCUUUAGAGUUUAAAGGAAUAGAAGAGGAGUGCUGUGCAGCUGUUACUGAUUUAUGCACCAUCCCAGAUAGUACACUUGUUGCAGUGGCUGUACAAAGUUUGCAAGGGAUUAUAUUGUUGAGAUGUGAUCUUUCUGCUCAAACACUGCAAGGACCUCAAUUAGUCAACUAG